GGCUGGGAGAGGCGGGUACCGUCCCUCGGAAAGCUCGGAGGGUGAGGAGAAAGAGAAACCUCCGGAGAGGUUUUACUCUGCCCCACGCUGACUUGCAGCCCACCUGUUUCGUCCUCUGUGGGCCCCGUGUGACGUUCACGUUGUAAAGUGGGUUCAAUCGGUUCGGAGAGUGAGAAGUUGCUGUUGCAGGCGUGCGUGUUUCCUGGUGUCUCCUGCCCUCCUUGCCCACGCUUCCUCGCUUUUUACAGUCAUGCCAAUAACCGAAAAACAAACGCGUUGCUUCAGCUGUAUGGAAAGAGGUCAAAGGUUUAAAACAUCCUCAUAGACACUCGUCUGAAUGUAUAGAGAAUGCAGAAACUACUGAAGACAUUCUGAUGCUGCUUUUGGAGACAAAGACUGUCCUAUUUGUAAUAACAUUCCUUUAUAUUGGCAUAAUGUACAAGGAGAGUAAAGGCUUCAUGAAGGCGUGACAUACAUAUGCACUUUUAACCCUGUAUCUUCACAGUUAUUCUGUCACAGUAAGGCAAGUUUGGUUUAGUUGGAAGAAUUUAUUCUAGGAACUUGGCCUUUAAGAAGAUACAACACGGUUUGCACAGCUUGUUGGGAGGUGAAGACCUGCAUAUGCCUCUGGCAUAGUUAUAUUCAUUUUUCUCUUGAUUAUCUAUACCUUCUACUCUGGACAAUGGUUACUUUCCAGCAAAAAGUUUUACACUUGGUCAAAUGUUUCAGAAAGCAGUGGCCUUUAUUUUCCAACUCUGAAAGGACUACUGUAUGUGGAGCAGACUGCAUGUUGAUGGCCUUACAACUGUCCAUGGCUGAAGUCAAUAAACAGCACCAUGGAGACUUCACAGUAUCACUUAGCGAUGUGUUGGAAACAUGGAACUAUUUGUUACAUGACAAACUGGGAUUAUAUGAAAACAUGAAAGAACCUGAAAAUUAUGCUGAUGUGAAAAAAGCCUAUGAUGCCUUUUUAGCAAGAAGCAAUAUGUUAGAUUUAAUAGAUAUAUAUCAGAAGUGCUAUGGUCUUGGACUUCUAGCUGAAGAUGAAAGCAUACCCGCUGUUCAACUGUUGGAAUUUAUUUCUGGUGUAAUGAAUGCACAAGAAAAUGAUUCUGUUCUUUCUACUCCUCCGCAAAUCAACAGACAGGGCCAGGAGCAUAUGAAGGUGACUGUCCUGGCAAAGAAGUCUGUCUGUUCAUAUUUAAGCCUUUUGGUGAAUUCUAAGGAUGAUCUGGCAUUGGCUCAUAUUCUAAAUGUUCCUGACAGAGGGCUUGGUAGAGAAGCCUUCACUAACCUGAAACAUACCUCACAGGAGAGAAAAAUGUCCAUUUUCCUGAUGGCAACAUCUUUUAUCCGGACCAUAGAACUUGGAGGAAGAGGCUCUGCAUCUUCUUUGUAUGAUCCUUUACGAGCCCAUGUAAAGGGGCUUUCCAGUUUUGUUCAUUUCAUUGACAAGCUGCAAGAAAUUGUUGGUGAAAUCUUAAAUACAAGAAUUGCAGGGGGGCGAAUUCUGUCAACAGUGAAGAUGCAUUUGAUAAAAGGCCGAAGCAAUGGGGAUCCUUUCUGUCAGGCAGUAGAGGAAGUUGUAGAAGACUUGGAUUUGAAGAUUAAAAAUAUUAUCGAUUCACAACAGGAAACCUUGACUGCUAGCACUACUGGAGUCAGUCCAGCACGGCCAAAAUUGCAUUCCAUAAAUCAUGGCACUGCCUAUUGUGGCAGAGAUACUGUAAAGGUCUUGCUGGUUCUUCUGGAUGAAGAAGCUGUUAAUCCUCCUACCCAGAACAAAGCGGAUCUGUUAUGUGACAAUGAAUGCUUAAAUUUGUGUGGUAUCACCUCUGUUUUGACACUCUUCAGAUCUCCGACACAACCCAGUGGAUCUUCUCCAAAACCUCUUAGACAACGUAUUCUGAAAUCUAUGGAUGAAAAAGUAAUUAAGAUGAAGCAAUCUUCAAUUAAAUCCCAGUUUGCCUGUACAUAUAAAAAUGAUUUGAGUGGUCAGCCUUCCCAUGCGAUUCCAGCCUGCAAACACCCUGUACCAAGACAACAUUUAAAAACUUGGAAGCAUACAGAAGGUACAAAUUCAUGUCUUGAUGUACCAGGGCUUGGAACUAUUUCUGAAAGUGUUCACCAGACUAGAAGUUAUACAGAAAUGGGAAAGCUGAGUUGUCAGCCAAGGAACAAGAACUCCGAGAAUGAACAGAUGGAUUUGAAUAACGACAAAAUAAUCUGUGACAAGGAAAGUGAACCAUCUUUGCAAAAAAAUACUAAAAGACUUAAGACUUCUAACAUCUCCAAGAAGGAAUUGGACAGCAAAAUUGGUGGCAAAAGAAAACAGGCCAGAACUGCAAGUAAGAAUAAGUUGAUUGCUGGUCAGGCAAAGCUAACUCGCUUUUUUCAACUCUAGAUUUUUGUUUUCACAUACAUGGUAUGUUGACAGUUGUAAAAUUUUGCAAGAAAAUGGGUGAAAUUCAUUAAUUACUUUCUUUCAUAUGUAAGUAAUUGAAAGUAGCUUGUGUAUUAUGUUAGACAACUACUUAAAAGUCUGGAUUAUGCUGAAGUCUUUUAUUUUUUAAUAACAAUACAUUGUUAAUAAUUAGUUAUUUUUUGGCAAAGAAUUAUGUAUCCCUCUACAAUGCAAUGGGAAAUUAUUUUUGGAUGCAUAUGUACAGCAAUACUAACACUAGUAACUUCA